GCGUGAAGAUUUUUCUAGUUUCUGGCGCCAUCAUCAUCAAACCCUAGUUUCUCUCGGGGCCAUGGUUCCCGAAGAUGAGAAAUCUCUCGAGCUCUUUCUCUGCAUUGGUUUGGACGAGCGAACCGCACGCGACAUUGUGAAAAACAACAGAAAUCUCACCUCCGAUCUCACUGCCCUCAUCCAUCAGGCUCGUGUCACUGAUGGAUGUGACCGAACUACUGGAAUUCUAUUGUACUGGGUCGUUACUAAGUACGGUGGAAAGGCUCUCGUGCAUCGUCCUACAUUGCUCGAGUACAUUGUCUCUUCUAAGAUUAAAACAUCAUCCCAGUUGGAUGCUGCAUAUUCGUUUUUUGGCAAUACUGGUCUUGAGGUUAACCUAAAUGAGUUUGAGGAGGCAUGUGGUGUUGCGGUUGAAGUUUCCCCAGAAGAUAUUGAGAAAACAGUUAAACAAAUUUUUGAAGAAAAUAUGAAAACAAUAUUGGAGCAGCGGUACAGAACUAGUGUGGGUAAAUUAACCGGACAUGUCCUGAAAAGUUUGCCAUGGGCAGAUCCUGAGACUGUUAGGAGAGUCAUAGAAGAAAAACUGUAUGCAUUGCUUGGCGAGAAAACAGCUGCUGACAAUGAGAAACCUACAAAAAAGAAGGAGAAGAAAGAGAAGCCCACCAAAGUAGAGAAAGCUGUUUUGGAAGCUAUCCCACAUCCAUCUGAAGAGGAGCUUAAUCCAUAUUCUAUAUUCCCUCAGCCAAAGGAAAAUCUUAAGGUUCACACAGAAGUGCUUUUCAGUGACGGCUCUGUGCUCAGAUGUAGCAAUACGAAGGAAGUGCUUGACAAACAUCUCAAGGUGACUGGAGGGAAAGUUUAUACCCGGUUCCCUCCUGAACCAAAUGGUUAUCUCCAUAUAGGACAUGCAAAGGCUAUGUCUGUUGAUUUUGGUCUUGCAAAGGAGCGAGGGGGCUGGUGUUAUCUAAGGUACGAUGAUACAAAUCCUGAGGCGGAAAAGAAAGAGUAUAUUAGUCACAUUGAAGAAAUUGUUAAUUGGAUGGGUUGGGAACCCUUCAAGAUUACAUACACCAGUGAUUAUUUCCAAGAAUUGUAUGAUUUGGCAGUGGAGUUGAUUCGAAGAGGUCACGCUUAUGUUGAUCAUCAGAACGCUGAGGAGAUAAAAGAGUACAGAGAGAAGAAAAUGAACAGCCCCUGGAGGGAAAGGCCUAUUGAAGAAUCUCUAGAGCUUUUUGACGAAAUGAGACUAGGAAUGAUCGACGAGGGCAAGGCCACACUAAGAUUAAAGCAAGACAUGAAGAGUGAUAAUUGUAAUAUGUAUGACCUUAUUGCCUAUCGUAUAAAGUUCACACCUCAUCCUCAUACUGGUGACAGAUGGCGUAUCUAUCCGACCUAUGAUUAUGCCCACUGCAUUGUUGAUUCUCUUGAAAAUAUAACACAUUCGCUCUGCACUCUUGAAUUUGAAACCAGACGUGCUUCUUACUAUUGGUUAUUACACUCGCUGGGUCUCUACAUGCCGUAUGUGUGGGAAUAUUCGCGGUUGAAUGUCACAAACACUGUUAUGUCCAAGCAUAAGCUGAACUACAUUGUGACAAACAAGUAUGUUGAUGGUUGGGAUGAUCCACGUCUUUUAACACUUGCUGGUUUGAGGCGGAGAGGUGUAACUCCUACUGCGAUUAAUGCAUUUGUACGAGGACUUGGUAUUACCAGAAGUGAUGGUAGCCUGAUACAUGUGAGUCGUCUUGAGCAUCAUAUUAGAGAAGAGUUGAAUAAAACAGCUCCCCGCACCAUGGUGGUGCUGAAUCCUCUUAAGGUGGUUAUCACCAAUUUGGAAGCAGACAAGGUUAUGGAGCUUGAUGCUAAAAGAUGGCCUGAUGCUCAGAACGAUGAUCCCUCAGCAUUCUACAAGGUUGCGCUCUCUAGAGUUAUAUACAUUGAGCAAUCUGACUUCCAAAAGGAGGAUUCAAAAAAUUAUUUUGGACUUGCCCCUGGUAAAUCAGCCUUGCUUCGAUACGCUUUCCCAAUCAAGUGCACCAACGUUGUCUUUGCUAAUGACACUGAAACCGUUAGUGAGAUCCAUGUGGAGUAUGAUCCUGAGAAAAAGAUAAAGCCAAAGGGUGUUCUACACUGGGUCCCUGCAUCUUCACCAGGAAAAGAGCCCAUUAAGGUUGAAGUCCGUUCAUUUGAGAACCUCUUUAAUUCCGAGAACCCAGCUGAACUCAAUGAUGAUUGGCUCACCGACAUUAACUCCAACUCCAAAGUGGUAGUUUCUGAUGCCUAUGCUUUAUCAACCAUUAAAGAUGCUGCCGUUGGGGACACAUUUCAGUUCGAGAGGCUAGGUUAUUACACGGUUGACAAGGACUCUAUCCCGGGAAAGCUUGUGUUUAACCGGACGGUCACACUCAAAGACGGCUACAAGAAAGGUGGGAAAUAGAAACACUCACACCAAACAUAUGAACAUUUGCAGGUCGAAAACUCCUUAAAACCCCCAAAAGAGUAGAUGACAGUGAAUGAAAAUACUUGGUCGAAAGGCACAUUGUGGCAACAGAUAGGAUAAGUAUUGGUUUGGUUCGAUAUAGGUGGUUCAGAUGGCUCGGUAUAAACUAUAUAUUUUAUUCUUAUAAGAUUGAAAUUAAUAAAAACAAUUGGUUUCUAAACUUAUGAUGCUAAAAACUUGUGACCAACUCGUCCUUUUGGCUUAUUUACUUUGGUGUUUGGUUCCU